AUGUUAGCCAUAAAAGAAUUGGGGAAAAGGAAAAAAAAAAAAGGGGAAAAGGAAAAAAAAAAAGGGGAAAAGGAAAAAAAAAAAAGGGGAAAAGGAAAAAAAAAAAAGGGGAAAAGGAAAAAAAAAAGGGGAAAAGGAAAAAAAAAAAAGGGAAAAGGAAAAAAAAAAGGGAAAAGGAAAAAAAAAAAGGGAAAAGGAAAAAAAAAAGGGAAAAGGAAAAAAAAAAGGGAAAAGGAAAAAAAAAAGGGAAAAGGAAAAAAAAAGGGAAAAGGAAAAAAAAGGGAAAAGGAAAAAAAAGGGAAAAGGAAAAAAAAGGGAAAAGGAAAAAAAAGGGAAAAGGAAAAAAAAGGGAAAAGGAAAAAAAAGGGAAAAGGAAAAAAAAGGGAAAAGGAAAAAAAAGGGAAAAGGAAAAAAAAGGGAAAAGGAAAAAAAAGGGAAAAGGAAAAAAAAGAAAAGAAAAAAGAAAAGAAAGAAAAGAAAAAAGAAAAGAAAAAAAGAAAAAAGAAAAAAAAAGAAAAAAGAAAAGAAAAAAAGGAAAGAAAAAAAAAGAAAAGAAAAGAAAAAAGGAAAGAAAAAAAAAGAAAAGAAAAAAGAAAAAAGGAAAGAAAAAAAAAGAAAAGAAAAAAGAAAAAAGGAAAGAAAAGAAAGAAAAGAAGAAAAAAAGAAAAAAAGAAAAAGAAAAAAAGAGAAAAAGAAAAAAAAAAGAGAAAAAAAGAAAAGAAAUACAUAGGGUUGUCAGAAAUGGUCUGA